AUGCUGCUUGGUAGUUCGAAUAUUAAUAAUGAACUAUUGUUGGGAAAAUGCCAUUCGAAAGAUUCAUUGGAGGAUCUAUUCAUCAGUUCUGAGCUGACUAUUAGUGAACUGGUAAAGUCAAUGGAACCUUUAAACAGGCUGAGUGGGUUUCACAUAGACAGUAGAUCUAUACUAUCAUCAUUUAAAAGCCCCGAUAAUCAAAAUGAUCGCAAAUUUCAAUCUGCUAAUGCUGGUACUAACGAAAAGCAUUUGGUGGAGAGUAAGAACAUAGCGUACCUAAAACACCAUACUCUUCAUAUCAAAUAUGUGUAA